GUUAAACGUUUAGUAACCUCUGCUAAACCUAACAUUAUACACUUUCAUAAAGUUAAUUUGAAGAGCAUAAUCAUUAAAAACUACUUCCAUGGCGCUGUAGCUGACCUUCAACUACUCACUCAUCUACCUUUUUGCCCUACUGAACAAUCAAGAGUAAAUACUCGUCAGCUGCAACAAGACCCGGCUGAAACUUUCUGCUUCAUGUAAGUUCAUCCAAGCUAAUCAAGUUUCAGAACAAGGAAGGGGAAAACCUAUUUUUGAUUCUUGAAACCUGGAUCAUGAGAGGAGUAAGAUGAUAUCAAGUUCAAGAGAAAAAGCUGUUCAAGCAAAGCAAGAGGGUGACACCAUUAAUGAAGGCAAGUUUUCUGCAGCACCAUGUAGCUCAAGGGAAUGGUCAGGCUUCAGAAAUCCAAGAAUUGUGCGAGUCUCUCGCUCGUUUGGAGGCAAAGAUAGGCACAGCAAAGUUUGCACCAUAAGGGGAUUGCGUGACAGGCGAAUUCGCCUUUCUGUUCCCACUGCAAUUCAACUUUACGACCUUCAAGAUAAGCUCGGACUCAGUCAGCCGAGCAAGGUGGUUGAUUGGUUGCUUGAUGCAACUAAAAACGACAUCGAUAAGCUCCCCCCGCUGCCGAUGCCACCCGGAUUCGGCCACCAAUUCCAUCAGCCGAUGCUUCCAUCAACUGUCUCUCAGUCUUUUCUUCCUCCUUUCUUUGAUGUAAAUUCUAUGUUUCAUCCUUUGUUGCCCAGCAAGGAAGGGAUACAAAUCAACACUGUUGAUGGGGCAGAUGAAACUCAAAACUUGUUGAUGAGGGCAAAAGGUAAAGAAGUCGAAAGAGAGAUUUUUUCUGAGAAAGGAAAGUGGAUAAAAACAUAUGAACAAAAAAAUAAUCAAGAUGGAAGUUUUGAAGCUUCAUCUCAGAAGUUUUUUCCUCACUCUGCCAUGCCAUUCAACCCCUACUACCAUUGGGAGCCUUCAUCAAAUUUGUCUUUAUCUCAAUUUGGAAGCCAUGAAUUUCAGUCGUCCCAAGUAGAGAAUUCUCUCUACAGCAAUGCUUUUCCAUCGGGGUCUCCAUUAUUUUUCUAUCCACCAACAACACUGCCAUCACUUUUCCCAACAUAUUCCCCCUUUGUUUCAACUGCACCACCAGGGAAUAAUGAAACCAGACAAAUCAAUCAUUUCCAACUGUUGAGCUCAAAUUCACACCAUAUUCUCCCCAAUUCUCAAACACCCACCUCAGCACAAGUGAAACCCUUUUCAUUGAAUAUAAAUCCCGGCCAUGCAGACAAGGAAGAUACCUAGCUAGACUACUCAAUAAUCUCAUGGCUAUCGUAUUGUGCCUUAUUUUUCUCAAUUUGAUCUUCUCCUCCUGCAUGGAUACAAAUGCUCGAUGAACUGGGGACAAAAGGGCCUUCCACCCAGGUGUUGCCAUGCCAAUAUACAAGUAAGACAAUUAUUAUUUAGAUACCUUUUAUCUUGAAUUGAUUUCUAAACAAUUAUCUGCAGACAGUAAUUAAUGUUAAUAGCUUAAAGUUUGCACUGCA